CGAUGGCUGUGGCUGUCCGCUCAGAGACUCCAUGUCCGCAGUAAGGAGGAACAUGUUGCUGCUGCGGGAGACGGUACAAGAGCCGAUCAGCGCUGCCGCUGAAGACUUCCUGCUGCAGUUGGAGAAAGGAGGAGGAAAGGCUCGAGUCCCGGAGCUGAGAGCGAUGCUCACCGAGCGGCUCGCGGCGGCGGGGGAGCAGAUCCUCGCCGGGCUUGAGGAAACCUUGGCUGGGUACGAGGACCGAGUGCAGCGGUUAGAGCGGUACGAGCGGUCCGAGAUCUGCCGCCAGACGAGGCUGCUCGAUGCCGUGAUGCAGCCCGUAGUCCGGCUGCACAGAGCAGUUCCUCCUGCAAUCGUCCAGCAACUGAUGGUGAGUAAAAAAGAGGUUCCCCCUGAGCAGCCUCAGUGGAACCCCCUUGUAGACCAGGAGGACCCAGAGCCCCCCCACAUUAAAGAGGAACAGGAGGAACUGUGGACCAAUCAGGAUGGACAGCAGCUUCAAGGACUGGAGGAAGCUGAUAUCAAAUUCACAUUGAGUCCUGUCGCUUUGAAGUGUGAAGAAGAGGAAGAGAAACUUAAAUCGUCAAAGCUUCAUCCGAGUGAGAGGAAGGAGAACAGAGCGGACUGUGGAGGACCAGAACCAGCCAGGAACUCAGGUCCUGAUGGACGUUUACAACAAGGUCCUGAGGACAAGAAGGAAGACUCUUCUGAGACUGAAGAGAGUGAGGAUGAUUGGCUGGAGACCAGGGAACCUCAGACUGUUUUAAAUACAAGAAACAACAAACAGCCUCUAAGUGAUAUGGGAUGUAAGACAGAAAAAAAAACGUUUAGUUGCCCUGAGUGUGGUAACAGAUUUAACCAAAGGGGCGAUCUAAAUAGACACAUGAGGAGUCAUACAGGAGAGAAACCUUUUAGUUGCUCUGAGUGUGAUAAAAUAUUUAACAAUAGGAGCACUCUAAAUACACAUAUGAGGAUUCAUACAGGAGAGAAACCAUUCAGUUGCUCUGAGUGUGGUAAAGGAUUUAACCAAAGGGGCGAUCUAAAUAGACACAUGAGGAGUCAUACAGGAGAGAAACCUUUUAGUUGCUCUGAGUGUGAUAAAAUAUUUAACCAUAGGAACAAUCUAAAUACACAUAUGAGGAUUCAUACAGGAGAGAAACCAUUCAGUUGCUCUGAGUGUGGUAAAAGAUUUAACCAAAGGGGCCAUCUAAAUACACAUAUGAGGAUUCAUACAGGAGAGAAAACAGUUAGUUGCUCUGAGUGUGGUAAAAGAUUUAACCAAAGGAGCAAUCUAAAUACACAUAUGAGGAUUCAUACAGGAGAGAAAACAGUUAGUUGCUCUGAGUGUGGUAAAAGAUUUAACCAUAGGAGCAAUCUAAAUAGACAUAUGAGGAUUCAUACAGGAGAAAAACAGUUUAGUUGAUCUGAGUGUGGUAACAGAUUUAAGUUUCAGUCCAAUUGUACGAGACAUGAGGAUUCAUAAAGGAGAGAAUUGAUUCAGUUGAAACCUUCGCAACAAAGAUUUAUUAGGAUUUAUCAACAGAUAUUCAUAGUAUACAUAUUCGUAGUUCACUGCUUUAAUUAGAUUAUUAACAGUUUUUAUGUCCCUAGAACAGUGGUUCUCAAAUGGGGGUACGCGUACCCCUGGGGGUACUUGAAGGUACUCCAGGGGGUACUUGAGAUUCUUAUUUAAUAUAUUUAAAAAUAGAAUCCAUUCAAAAAUCCUUGAAAAAUUGUUAUUUAACACAUAUUCAAUAAAAUAUAAGUGUAAGUUCAUGAACAAAAAGUUAUAUUCAAUAGGCUUUUCAAUUUCAUUAUCCUAAAAAAACAAAGUCUCCCCCAUACCGAUGGUUUGUCCCAACCUGGCACACGCCACCUGUCAUCACCUGUCAUCACUGCCGCCUUGAAAACUUCAACAAUGGAGUCGAGUUGAAGUGCAGCAGCAAUGCUGCUGAAACACGGAGGGACAAGUACCAAAGAAGGCGAAACCAGAGCAGAGAGCCUUCCCUAAACAACACCGUGAGAGCUUGUGCCUCUUCGGAGGGGCGCUAAAACGUAAAAGUUUUCUGUUGUGAAGUUAAUGAUUCAUAACAAGAAGUCCGCGUCUCUACCGGUACCCUUUCAAAAUAAAAGCAUGUAAUACAAAAACAAAUAAAUUGUAUGACCUUAAAGCGAGCAAAUAUUUCACAAUAAGAUAACAGAAAGACACUUCAACAAUAUUAACAAUAACAUAGAUUGGGUUAUUUACACUUUUUGUUUUUUCUGUGGGGAGAGAUUAGCCAACAGUGGCAUUAAGCCACCACAUCUUCAGCGUAAUCUUCAGACAAAACAUGAAAGUCAUGUUGGUAAGAGUUUUUUAAGAGGAAACUUUCUGAAUUCAGGUCAUCUCAAGACACGAUGCGAAAAGCCUCCCAUAAGCAAACGGAAACAAGCUACCUGUCAGUAUUCUUUUCGAUCCUUAAAGAAGAUUUUUUAAGAUGAUAAAUAUAAAAAAAAUAUGUUUUGAGCUAAUCUUUUAUUUAAAACUAAGUUAAUGAUUUAUUUUUUUGGAAGAAGUGUUUAGCUGUAAUUAAGUUCAUGAGUUCAACUUGAGAAAAUAUCUUUAUUAUGAUCCCAAAAGAGGUCACUUUAAGUUGAUUUUGAUGUGUACAAAUCUUUAUUGAUAUUGAGAUAAUAAUAAAAGUCUUUAGUUAUUUUUAUAUCUUUUUAUUUCCAAAUAGUUCAAGAGACACCACUACAAAUGAGCAAUGUUAUGGACAUUGAUGGAGUUUUAAAUUUGAAUGUGUCUAGUUACAAGGAUUAAUAAAUCACAUUACAUCUUUCUUUCAACCAAAAAUGCUUUGCGCUGGUUAGGGGGUACUCUGCAGAAUUUUUUUUUUUCAACGGGGGUACGUCACUGAAAAAAUGUUGAGAACCACUGCCCUAGAAAAUAUCACGCAUUGAAUAACGCGAACGAUUUGUGUUUAUAUCUUAUUUUUACAUUAUGUAUCAGUUUUUCUUAAUGUCCUUCAUGGGAUUUUAAGGUUAAAGUGUGUUCUUGCACAGUAUGUAUGUGUUCUUAACUAAUUCAUGUGAUUUAAUAUGUUUGUUUUAAAACAAUGGUUUCUUGGUUCGUGAGAUUCAAUGACAGUGUUUGUUCUCCUUUAUGUAUUGAAUGUGUUUCCAAGAAUAAAAGUCUAAUAUAAAGAUAAA